AUGACCACCGUCCACAGAGAGGUUCUCGGAGACAUCUCCAACAUGAAGAUGGGCGCCCUCAGCCCCCUCAAGUCCACCGGAUCCCCAUACCGAAAGCCCCGGGGAGUGUGCAAAUCGUCGCUCCAGCAGGGCCCCAACAAAAAGCUCUUCACACAGGAUAUCCUGUCGCCUCUGUUGCUGCCACCAAAGUCCCAGGAGGAGUGUAAGGACGGCAACGACGGCAAGAUUCGAGAGCACGCCGACCGGCUCAAGAUGCGGCUCCAAUUGGCCCUUUACAAAAUCAACACCAAGCAAACCAACGUGAGCUUGGCUGCGCUGGAGGAGGCCUCGUCUCCAAAGCCGUCCGCCACAGAAACCCCCAUGCGGGCCCCCCCAGGCUCGUUGCUCAAGGGCACUCCCGCCAGCAUGGGAGCUGCCAAGAGCUUGUUGCAGCUUGGAAACUGUUAA